CUGUUGGAGUGAACCAUGGCAACAGAGUCUGGAGUAGCGCAGAGCCGGCCAGCCUGACACUCGGCAGCGGAGCAGCCUCGCAGGUCUGGGGGACUUUUCCUGUGCGGACCGGGGCUCAGGCAGCCGACAGCCAGCCACCUUGCAGGCAGAAAGUUCGCCUUGGUGCCCUGGAGGGGCGCCAGAAGGAAACCCUUGCUGCUGUGGAGCAGGCGCUGUCAGCCGGCGGGUGGUCCGCGGUUCACUCGGGCGCUUCGGCGACCCCGUCAGAGGCUGCGAUGCUCACACUCAGGCUGUGAGUCAACGCUGAGAAAAACAAAAGGGGGACCACGAUGAUUGCACAGCUGGGUGACGGUAAAAGCAAUUUUGGGGUCUAGAUUAAAGGGGUUAAGUGCUGUUCCCUAGCCGUUGGAAAGUCAUUCCUGUCUUUUUUAAAAAAACGAAAACGAAGCAGAACGGUUACUCCUUCGUGCACAUGGCACGGUUGCGUCGCCUCCUCGGCGAGCUCUAGCUGCGCGCCCGGCUUUAGACACUACAGCCCCGCUCCCCUGGCCGGAGCUGGGCGGCUGUGACAAGUGCUCGGCCAGCGCAUCUGGAGCGGCGUGAAGAUGGCGACGGGAGCGAGCUGGCAGCAGUACUACAGCAACGCUGGCAACCCGUCCGGCGCCGGGAAAUACAGCCCUGCACCUGCGGCGAGCAUGGCUUAUCAGUCGGGAUUAACCCUGGAAUAUACCCAAGACCUCCACCUGAAAAUGAGCAAGAAAAUAGCACAGCUGACAAAGGUGAUCUAUGCUCUGAACACCAAGAAUGACGAGCACGAAGCUGCCAUCCAGACACUCAAGGAAGCCCAUGAGGAGGAGGUGCAGCAGAUCUUGUCAGAGACUCGUGAGAAGAUCCUGCAGUACAAGAGCAAAAUCAGUGAUGAAAUGGACCUCAAGCGCCGCAUCCAGUCCCUAGAGGAAUCCAUGGAGCUGCACGAGCGCAUGAAGCGCCAGGCCCUGGCCGAGUUCGAGACCUACCGGCAGAGGGUGGAGGACAUGCAGCUGUGCACGGAGGCCCAGCACACACAGAGGGUGGUCACUAUGUCCCGGGAAGUGGAGGAGAUGCGGCGAAACUUUGAGGAGAAGCUGCGCUCCUUUGCGCAGGUGCAAGCCCAGUUUGAGCAGGAGAAGCGCCAGGCGCUGGAGGAUCUGAGGGCGGCCCACCGCCAGGAGAUCCAGGAGCUGCUCCGCAGCCACCAGAGCCAGAACGCCAACUACAGCAAAGACCAGGAGAAGCUGAGCCAGCUGCACAAGGCCGAGGUGGAUUCCCUGUCUGAGCGGGUGGAGGAGUUGAAGCAGGACAAGAAGAGGCUGGUGGAGGAGUACGAGGCCAAGCUGAACAAAGCCCAAGCCUUCUACGAGCGGGAGCUGGAUGCCAUGAAGAGGACUCAGCAGCUGACAGCUGAGAACCUGCUGGCCUGGAAGAAGACUGAGGCCGAGCUGCGGAAGGAGUUCCACGCGCAGGAAGCUGCUCUUCAGAAGACCUUGGGCAAGCUGCGCGCUGAGCUGCAGAGGGUACAGGAGGAGGCCCGUGAGACGAGAGAGAAAUCUCAGAAGCUGCAGAGCUCUCUGAACACAGCUGAGAACAAUAUUAAGGAUCUCCAGAAACAACUUGAAGAGGUUACACAGGAUGCAGAGAUUCUGAUGAUCAGACAGAAGGAGACCGAGUGUGAGCUGGAGGCCACUCGUGACCGCGUGCAGCAGCAGGCCACCGAGAUUCUCCUGAAAGCCAGCCACAUUGGAACUCUUCAGGCUACACAAAUGACUCAUGAAGCUGCGAUAAGGGAUCUGGAGUCUGAGAAGUCCAGACUGAAAGACAAGGUAGUCCGUCUGGACGAGGAGAGGACCGUGUUACAGAAUAAAACACAGGCUCUGGAUGAGCGACAGAAGCAACAGAUUCUCUCCCUGGAGAAGGCAUUAAAGGAGGAAAAGCAAAGCUAUGAAAAGGAGAUGAUGAACAUCCGUGCCAAGUAUGAGGAGGACACUGCUCACUUCAAAGAGGCUCAAGCCAGGGCACUGGAGGAGUUAUCGAAAAAGCACCGAGCAAUUCUAGAGACCACACAAAAUACAGCUGACCGGGAAAAGAAAAGAAUGCAAGCAGAGAUGGAGCAGCAGUUUGAGAAGGAAAAACUGUCUCUGGAAGACCAGAAGCAUCGGCUGCGACAGGAGCUGGAAAACCUUAGAGAAGAGCUGACAGCCAAGCUCAGCACAGCCAAUCACGAGGUUUCUCGUCUUCAAGAGCUUGUGAAAAAGAGUGAGCAUGGCCUGGGAUCUGCUGAAGGCCACAUAUCGAGCCUUAAAGAAGCUCAGGAAAAACUGCUUCAAGAACUUGACUCAACCAGAACUAAGCUGAGAGAAAGCAGUAACUUGUUAUCUGCUUUGCAGGGAGAGAUGGAAAAACAGAAACAGCAGCAUGACGCAAAGCUGAUUUCAAUUAAAGAGGAAGAAAAGCUUAAAAUGGACAAAGUUGCUCUGGAGCUGGAGCUGAAGUGGACAGAAACCCUAAGGCAGGAGUGUAAGAAGCUGCGAGAGGAGCUGAGAGAGGAGCAUGAGGAGGGUAAAAAGUUGGCUCUGGCUCAGCUGACCUUGCACAAAGAUCAAGAGAUGAACGCUGCCAAGGAGAGCUGGCAGAAGAAGGUGGAAGACCUGCUUGACCAGCGGCAAUCUCUUGGUGAAGCUUUACAUAAAUCAAUCAGUAAUAUCUCCUUGCUGAAGCAAAGCCUGGAAAUGCAGCUCUCUCAGUCGCAGAGCUCCCUUCAGCAGCUGCAGGCGCAGUUCAACCAGGAGCGCGAGCACCUCCACCAGCAGCUGCAGGAGAUGGCGGCAGUGCACCAGCACAGGGAGCAGUCCCUGCAGGAGGCCCACUGCAUCGCCAUGCACAGCCUGGAGGAGGCCAGGCAGCAGGGCUUGAAGGAGCUGGAGGAUCGACUGAGGCAACAGCACUAUGAAGAGCUGCAGUGCCUGAAAGAGGCCCACAGACAGAGCAUUGAGACCCUCAAACAGCAGUCGGAGCAGGAGCUGCAAACACUUCGCUUCGAGCUGGAAGAUGAAGGAAAAGCAAUGCUUGCUUCCUUGCGCUCAGAGCUGAACCACAUUCAUGCGUCUGCAAUCGAGCACCUUCGACAGAGCCACCAGCAGGAGACGGCAGUUGUAAAGCUGGAACUGGAGAAUGCGUUGGAGCAGAGCAGACAGCAGGAGAAGGAGCUGCUGGGGCGAAUUGCGGAGCUGCAGGAGGAAGUGCGCCGCAGGGAGCACCACAUCGCCGAGCUGGACAAGGAGAUCCAAGCUCUGCACGAGAACAUCAGCACGCUCACCAAGGAGCUGGAGCUCAAGGGCAGGGAGGUGCUCAAGAUCCGCAGCGAAGCCAACCAGCAGAUCAGGGUUCAUGAACAGGAACUGACCAAGAAACACGAGAAGGACCUGAGCGAGAUGUCAAUGGUUCACAUGCGUGAGACACAGAACAUGCUGUCAGAUUUCAACAAGGCUCAAGAGCUCUUGAAGGACAAGAUCUCCGCCUUACAGAUCCUGUUAGAAGGCACAGAGGAGAAAUUUAGGAACCGAGAGAGCAGGCCAGAGGAUUUGCAGUUAAUUGCAGAGUUGAAGGAAAUGGUGUCUGAGAGGGAGUCGCUUGUGAAGAAGCUUGUUGAUGACAAGAAGUUUUAUCAGCUGGAACUGGUGAACAGAGAGACUAAUUUUAACAAAGUAUUUAAUACAAGCCCCAAUGUUGGUGUUAUCAACCCCCUCAUAAAGCAAAAGAAAAAGAAUGACAAAUCAGCAAACAGAUUCAUCAGUGCUCCCAAUCUAAGUGCGCUGGAACCAGCAGGGACGGGAAACGGGUGUGCCCAGCCUGCCCGCCUAGAGCCAAUCCCCAACUCCCCUAUUCACGACCUUGAGUUCAACAGUAGCAAACCUCUGCCCCAACCAACACCUCCGAAAGAGCCCAAGAAAGUUCUGAGCCCUCCUGAGACAGACGCCCUUCCUGAGGCCACCGCAGACCCCCAGCGGCAGGAGUGGUUUGCUAGCUACUUCACCUUCUGAUUCGUGCCCCCAGGACUCUGGUGUGGAGGACAACUAAAGAGCAUGUUGACACAAUCAUCUGUAUUUAAUUCUACACCGUUUCUCCAUGUUUAUUACUUCAUUGUGAAUGGAUUCCUUGUUUGUACAGUGACAAUGUUUGACAUUACCUUUUAUGCAAUUUCUGAAGAGUGAUGCAUAUGCUGCUGAAUAUUUUUUGUUUAAUACAGUAUAUUGUCUUUUAUCUGUACCUUAUUUUAGAAUGGCACAGUCCUGAAAGUUUGUUACAGCUCCAUAACAAAUUUUGGUAGAAAUAAAUCGUUUGUAUGGUUGUCUCAAUACAGAUAUAAUGAUGUCUCACCAAUUUUAAAAUAAAUGGCAUAUUUUAUAUUUAUAUUAUACUUGUGUAUGCUAAUAAAUAAAUGUGAGAUUUA